CACCCCUCAAGUAGAAUAUCCUGUUAUUUGGACUUUUUGAGCACACCCAUUCUGUGGUAAGCAACCCAACGCCUCUUCCUGCAUUAAACAAUCAGCCUCAUUACAACUUGAAUUAUCAUGGCCGAAACACCCAAAAGGAGGCUCCUGCGUAGAGGUAUGCUUCAGGCGUCCCCCUUUGGUACUCCCAUCAAACCAUUCACAAUAACACCUGGAGCUGGAGCCGCGACUGGAAUUGGAGCAACAUCAGUAGAGCAAUCAUCAAAGCAGCAAUCAUCUUCGAUGGCGAACCCCUUUCUCGCGACAGAAUCAAAUUCAACAGAUGAACUAGGAUCUAUUCAUACCAGCCCAAUGUCUCGGAAAUCACCCCGCCUGAGUACAUUCUAUCCUAAGGACAUGCCUGAAAACGCCUUGAAUGGAAGCAACAGUCUUAGUAGGUGUCCGAGUACUCCCAAGAAGAUGGUUGGACCUAUGACACCAAAGUCAAAAACGAUCAUUAAGAUGGGUAUCUGGGGCCACGUUGUUGGACUAAAGAGGCUGGACGAAACUGUGUACUAUCGUUAUCCUGUGGACAAGUCCUACUGCUCUUUUGGCCGGAGCAAAACAAACGAUAUAAGAGUGCAAAUCGAUGGAGUCUCGGAUAUGCAUUGCAAACUCAUUCGACGGGAUGAUGGGGAGGUGUGGUUGAAGGAUACAUCCAUGGAAGGAACAUUUCUCAACGAUGUUCUCAUCCAUGAUACUGCACGGCCCAUCCAGCACAAUGAUGUCAUCACCAUUGCAGGACGUAAAUUCAGCCAACAUUCGGAUCAGAACCGGCCCCGGCUUUGAACACUCCUCAUCGACACAUCAGUAGCAUUCAGGAAUCUAUCGACCUGGACAUUCAACUACUUUCAGAAGCUCCCUCACCAACGACGGGAAGAAUAUUGGGCACGCCCAAGCGAAGUCUUUCAAGGAGCAGUGUGGCGUUAG